GGUUAUGCGAAAAAUGGACGAUGUGACGGAAACGGAACUGGUUCGGAGGGUAAAGACGAGGUGCGGUGGGGAAACUGAUCUGUAAAACACAUGGAAGGGUGGAACGUGGCGCCUGCGCAUGUAAUGUAUCCAUCCAUAUGUUUAUAGAUUAGCAAAGAGUGCGGCUCACAUUUUACUCAGGAAGAAGAGAGACGCCGGUAGAUCCGAAACUAUUUCCCGCGAGAUGGACGUUUAGCAGAACUACAAGCGAAAACUACAUUUUGUUAAGCUAGCUGUUACACUUCCACUACAUAACUUUGUAUCUAACUGUAUUUACAGACAAGUGAAUCGACGUUAGCUAUGUAUGCUUUAUUGUAAGUAUAUAGCUGUAAAGUUUCAGUGCAUCCUGAAUGAUCAUUAGUUAACACACACACACGUUAGUACCAUGGACAGAGAGUGUGCGUUGCUGCUGCCCGGUGUGUGUGCGGUGCUGGCGGGCUCAGGGAGCUCUCUGCCCGAUGACACCAGCCUGGAGAAACUGCUGGACUGGUUCACAGGGAUUACAGAGGCUGGGGGAUCGCUGCUGGAGGCCUGCCCAUGUCUGCUUAAAUUGAUAUCCACUGUGGUUCACAAUGCUGCUUCAGACCCCGGUGUCCUCUCCUUCGCUCUCAGACUCACCGGCCUAUUGGCUGCCACUGAGGAAAGCUUCAAAACCAUUCAGGAACACUCUGUUCUGAACGAGGUCUUCAACCUUCAGCACUGGCAGGAAGCAGGACUCUGGGAGGAUCCGUGUUUAAGGAUCGGCUGGAUUCAGGGCUUGAGGAGCAUGCUGCAGCACCCGAAUGCUCUCAGCUUCUUUGUACAAUCAGAAUUCAUUGACCCGCUUCUACAACUCCAGACCGACACAAGUCUAUUUAUUGCCGCAGCUGCCAAUCAGAUGCUCGCCCACAUACUGCUCUUCUUUCAACCAGUCCCGCCUGCAGGAUGUAAAGGCGUGGAUAAAAAAGAAAAAGGUGAUGGGAUGACGCCAAGCAGCGCAGACUAUACUGCUGUUGUAAAGUCGAUCUCUGGGUACCUCCAGGAGUCUCUGGUUCCCAAAGAAAGCAAAAAUGUCCGUCAGAGUCUGCAGACCCUCAAACUGCUGGCCCUGCUCCUGGCCCAGGCCGGACCUCCUCUGCGGGACAAGCUGCUGCAGACAGUCGGAGACUCCCUGGAGGAACUGGUGACAGCCGGCAGCAGUGAGCUCACACUGCCUCUGAUGGACGUCAUUCUGUCUGCAUGCAGCAGCUCCGGCACUGAUGAACGUAUCACCCGUCUUCUAUCGUCCAUGUUAAACAUUAACAAACCCGCUGACCUCAUACAUGCUGCAGCUGCUUUUCUUCGCAGAGGUCACCAUGAUACUGUCCACACAGCCCGGGCCGUGAGAAUACUACUGCUCCCCCUCGACAUUAUGACUGGUCAGACUCUACUGGGCACAAUAAGCACUGCAGACGAGCAUCAGUUUUCAGUGGUGGAACAACUAAAGAGCAAAUCCUCCUGCAUCUCUAUGAUCUGUGUCUGCCUGAGCAACACACCACAGAUCACACUCACGCCUCCUGACGUCCUACCCUGUCUUCCAGUUUCAAUUGUCACUGCAGUUCUGUCCUUGUUAAAGAUCUGCAGUGGCAACUCACCCUCCUCUUCCACUGGUUGCAGUGAGGUUAGCAGGAAUGUAAUCGGCAGUGGCAAAGUUCAGAAAUGUGCUCUCGAGGCUCUGACGAGCCUCACCAGCAGCCCAGGGGCGAAAGAGAGGAUCAGCGAAGUGUUCACUGUUCUGAUUCAAUAUUUGGAAAACCCUGAUUCUGACCCCACUGUACUCCACAAGUCCUACCAGGCCUUAUUAAAGUGGACGAGUGUGUGCACGGACUUCUCCUUUAUAACAGACCAGCUCAGACACGAUCUGGUGGAGGUAGUGAAGAAGCGUGUGUGUGACAUGCGUUGGGAGGUGAAGGACUCGACGGUGGAGUUUCUGGGACACCUGGCAGGCGUGUGUGACUCCAUUAAAGCAGCAGCAGAGGAGUGUGACGCAUCUGAGGCUCUGCUGGGCGGCUGCUCUACCACUCCCCUGCUGAGGGAGGCGCUGCAGGACUCAGAGAGUUACGUCAGGGCCAGCGCCAUCUCUGCACUGGCAAAGACUCUUACACACCGCUGGCAGCAGGGGGCGACACUCACUGAGGAGGAGCCUGAAAUAGUGAGCCGGUUGCUUGAAAUCCUCUCCCAGGACUCAGAGGGAUUCCCCAGGAGGGCUGUAGUACAAUACUUCAUCUCAUGGUACUCUUCACACUCUCCUCCAUCUUCCUCCUCCUCCUCCUCCUCCUCCUCUCUCCUGAUGCAGAGUGUGCGCUCCGUCCUCUCACAAGGCAGGGCCGAUCUGGACUGGGAGGUCAAAGUUCACACGCUGGUGCUGGCUGAGCUUCUGUUGGACGAAGCCUUUUCAGGUCACCCAGGUUACAAAAAGGGCUCAGACUCCCACCAUGCCUCGCCACACGCUUAUAGUGUAGUUUCUGAGUCAGAUUUGGCCGUUGUGGUGGAGCAGGGAGUCGUCUCAGUGCUGUUGAGUGGGCUGGUUGACUGCGAUAGACCUGUAGCUCUGAAGGCCUGUCGCCUGCUGAUAACACUCAGAGAGACAGUCUGUCCUCUAUCGCUAGGGGCACUGGAUGCAUCGGCUGCCAUGGCAACAGUAUCCUGUGAACUGCCAGGCUGUGGCUGGGGGCGAGAGAUUAUAAAGAUCCUGAAGAUGAAGAAGAGCGAUCAGGCCAAAGAGGAGGACAUCGCUGAUCAGAGAGGUCUCAACGGAGCAGAGGAGGGAGGUGACAGUGUGAGUGUGUGUGAGGCAUUGAGGUCUCUGGGAUUGGACGAGAGGAUGGAAGUCCUGACUCAAAGCAGCGACCACAUCCACAACUCCCCCCUCUCUCUGCUGCAGGACAUACUGACGGCCAGUGCCACUCACACAAAACCAGGGGAAGAGGUCAUAGUAGACUGCUACUAACACACACACACACACACACACACACACACACACACACACACACACACACACACACACACACACACACAGCCUUAAGUUGUUUUGUUAUCAAUUAUGAACUACACAAUAGUUUGGAUUGUUUAAGGUGGGGUUUUAGGAUCUGCAGUCGAUAGAUGGUGAUUAGCACACCCUGGUACUGUUUAUUGUAUUACUCACCUAUAAAGAUCAAUAGCAGUGACUUAGGUUGGUUUGGAAUCACACAGGUCACACAGUAACACAAACUAACUAAUCAUCCCCUGCGUUGUGCAGAGUCAAAUGACCAUUUGUGUCAAAGUAGUCUUGGGGCUUUGAAGAGAGCUUAGAUAACAUCUUCAGGUCUCCUCAUGAAAUAACUGUCUGGCAGCAAGGUAAUGGGAUGAAACUAAUCCAAACAUAGCGUGCACUUCAACUGAUUCGUUUUCUAGGUGGUUAAAAUCAGUUUUGCUUUUGCCCCAGUCCACAACAGUAAAUUGCUUUGCCGACCAUCACCUACUAAAACCCCAAUCCAGAGAUUCCCCUCAAACUCAGGGUACAUUUGUCAGUGAUGAUAUUGUGAUAUGUUGGUUUCAUUAGAAAAAUAGUAAUUUCCCUUAUUUUAAUUACUGUAUUGUUACAUGUAUCCUGUUUCUAUAGUGAUGUGAGGCUGAGCAAUUUCAAUGUGUCAACAUUUUCACGUUUGGGAAUUCCACAAACAAUUGCAAUGACCAAUAUAUCAUUUUGAUUCAAUAAAAAACAGCAUAUAUUC